AUGGGCUUUGAUGUUAGAAAACAUUACAGAAAUAAAAGUAAGAAGGAUGGAAAGAUAACAUCAAGGGGAUUUGUAUGUGCAAAGCAGGGCAUUCGAGGUCCAGAAAAAGAAGAUAUGAUUCACACUUGUAAUCGAGAUGAUACAAGGACUAAUUGUCCUGUAAAGCUAUAUGUUUCAUUAGUGCGAGAAACUGGAAAGUAUAAAGUGGUUGAUUUUAUUAAAGAAUAUAAUCACACUCUUCAUCUAUCAGAAACAGUUUAUAUGAUGAGAUAUCAACGGAAAAUCUCAGAAGUUCAUGCAAGAUUGAUUGAGUUAGCAUCCUCUUCUGGAAUCAAGUCAAAAGCAGCACAUGAGUUAAUGAGUAGAGAGGUUGGUGGGAGAGCUAAUCUUGGAUUCACUGGGCUUGAUCAGCAUAAUUAUCUUAGAACAAGACGGCAAAAAAAUUUGAUUUAUGGUUAA